AUGAAUGCUUUAUGGGAUGUCACAGGCUUCAAUGGCUACUCGGAGGCUGCGAGAAGAAGGAUAUCUCAAUGGAUACCUACUUUCAUCAAGACACUCGCCCGUCGCCUCAAUUCCCGAAGCGAUGGCCAAAGCAAUCUCCUUGGCAUCCGCAUCCCACUUCUCUUACUGGAGCUCAUCAGCAUCAUCCUUUGGGCCGUUUUGUUCGCACUUUACCGCAAAUGGAUACCCAACACCCGGGGCUUGGGUACAUAUUUUUUAAAUGGGGAGUGGGAGCCACCCUCAGGCUUCGACAUCAGCAUCACUGUCAUGCUCGCAUUGGUCAUUGCCUGCUUCUUCUGGACCCUCGUUGUUUUUCUUCGGCCUCUAAUCACGGCCUCUCAGGUUCGUAAUGGGUACCAUAUCGUUCUGGAACUCCUCUGCUCGACCCUCCUCCUUUUAUGCGGUAUAGUAGCAUUCUGGUGGAACGACAUGAUCAGUUUGAGACAUUCUGUCACUUUCAAUGAACAGUGCAUCACAAUCGGGCCCCCGAUCCCUGGCGAAGAUCAAGAUGGACCCGUGCAGUGUGAACCCCAUAUGAAGGCGUUGCGAGGAUUGAAGUUUUUGGCCCUGGUCUUUGUGUACUUGAUGGCAUUGCUGCAUCUUGUGCUUUAUGUAUUCGCCUGUCGAGCGUGCUACAAGAGAAAGCGGGAGAAGAAUCAUGUGUACGCGAUUGGGUCGGAAGUUGAGUUGCCCAUUGUGACUCGCUCGGCAACGGACGGGCUGGCUGCGGAGUUGAGCAGGAACCGGAGUGAAGAGCGAGUGUCAGAGGCUGUUCCUGCAUAG